CCCCAUCCAUCUCCUCCUCUCGCACCUUAUCUUACUCAUUUAAAUACCUUGUACUUCUUGGGGAGAGAGGAAGAGUAGAAAGGGAGAGAGGAAGAGACAAGAUGACAUUGCUGCAGCACCAUAGGCUGCCCGGCAUUGGCUGCAGCAACAUCUUGGCACGAGCAAGAUCACAAUGUCUGGCAGCAGCGUCCCACGCGCCCUCUUUACCUGUCCUCCUGCAUGUCAAUGGCAGCAGGCAGGCGCAUCUGGUCUCGCGCAAGACCGGCAUCAACGCCAUAAGCUUAAGCGGGAGGAGCAGAAGGCAAGACCUGUGCAUCGUCGCUGAAGCGAGCGCCGCCGCGGCAAAUGUCACGCCGUCCACGCCUCGGGGCAUCAGCGUCAGCGAUGUUCUUUGGCCUUCGGCUGGUGCAUUCUUGGCAAUGGCAGUGCUGGGUAAAAUGGAUCAGCUGAUGGCAUUCAAGGGAGUGUCGUUAACAAUUGCACCACUUGGAGCAGUCUGCGCUGUGCUUUUCACCGCUCCAGACUCACCAGCUGCCAAGAAAUAUAACAUGUUCGUCGCUCAGAUUGGCUGUGCCGCAAUCGGUGUACUAGCCCUUUCGUUGUUUGGGCCUGGCUGGUUAGCAAGGGGUGCAGCUCUUUCUGCAUGCAUAGCAUUUAUGACAAUCACAGGCUCUUCACAUCCUCCAGCUGCGAGCUUGCCUCUCUUGUUUAUUGAUGGUCCCAAAUUUCACAACUUGCAAUUUUGGUAUGCACUUUUCCCCGGAGCUGCAGGCUGCGCCAUUCUUUGCUUGAUUCAAGAAGUGGUGGUUUACCUGAAGAAGAACUGCAAGUUUUGAUUCAAGCAGUAUCAUUUUAUGACCUGAACCAAUGGGUUGAUCAUUAUCCAACCCGUACAACAAAUUGAUAGGCCAGCACUCGGAAGGAUUCGAUAUAUGUAGAUUUAGUCUCCUUGGUUUAUUUACUAAGGAUAGAUAGUAGAAAAAUAAAAGCUGAUUUUGCUUGAUAAUUGAUUAUUGAUCAUGGUGCAGACCAUGCAAAUGUGAAGUACAUAUAUACCAAUCUGAAUGUAGUUUGUUAUUUGUACAAAUAAUUCCUACCUUUAUUUUUACCAAUAUUAUUCUUCAUGUAA